AUGAACACGCAACUUUCUCGAGUUGGAAUGCUGGUUAUUGACUUUGAUGAAACAGUCACACUCGAAGACACGACUUGUGAAAUAGCCAACCUCGCUUAUAAUAAAAGAGCCAGAAAAAAUAUUUGUCCCAUGACCAUAAUAGAGAAAGUAAACGAUAGUAAUAGAGCGAGAUUUGGAAGUAGGAAGCAGUCACGGUCCCUCAUACUGCAGUCCCACCCACAGCAACUCCAACAAAUUCAAACCUCAAGCGACUAUCCAUAUCCUUGUCCGCCACCUUGGUCUUUUUUUGUAAACCUUUACUUCAAAGAACGCGCCGAUUUCAUAUUGAAAUGGCGUCAGAAUAAUCCUCACUACACGCUCAAUGAUUUCUACUCUCUUCUUUCGUCUCUCUCCCUUGUCGAGAACAAUUCUCUUGACCGCGUCGAAUCCUACCAUUGUCUUACUGGUAUUUGUGCCUCUGAGCUUUAUUCAUGUGGGAAAUGUAUUCCCAAACGUCCAGGCGUGGUCGAAUGCAUACGCUCUUUUAUUCAAAAGGACAAUCGAAGCGUAUACGUAUUAAGUACUAACUGGUCGAGUGACCUGAUACUGGGCGCGUUGAGUGAUGUAGGUGUGGAGAGGAGUAUAAUCAUGUCUAAUGAUUUGGACUUUGAUUCGAAGGGUGAAUACGCGACCGGGAAGAUUACAAGAAACGUGGUGACGGGUACGGACAAGCUGAAAUUAUUUAAAAAGUUGACUACAUCCAAGGGAAUGUUGACUGUCUAUGUUGGUGAUUCCGAUACCGAUCUUCCGUGUCUAUGUGAGUAUUAG